CAUAUCAAUUUGACUAAUUGGCGUCUGUUUUGUCCCAUUGAUUCUCAUGUUUUACUGCUUUUAUAAAUUAUAAAGCAUUUUCUUUUUAAGUACUUUUACCUCCAUUAUCUCAAUUCAUAUAUAAACCCAUUUCCCUAUAUGUCUUCUCUACACCAAUACACUCUUCCAAAAAACAGAAUAAUUUAGGGGGCAAAAAGUUCCUGAGUGGUCUCUGUUUCUCUCUGUUUUUACAUAUGGCUGAGGUUCAUAGUAGCAACGCCGAUGGAAUUAAACUUUUUGGCACCAUGAUUCAUUUACAAACACGAAAAUUGAAGGAAGAACCGGAGAAAGGCGGACCGGUCGCCGGCGGUGGUGAAGGUGAUGAAACAGAGAUGAAGAGACCGGAAAAAAUUAUUCCAUGUCCAAGAUGUAAGAGUAUGGACACCAAAUUCUGUUACUUCAACAAUUACAAUGUUAAUCAGCCCAGACAUUUCUGCAAGGGUUGUCAAAGGUACUGGACGGCCGGUGGGGCGCUCCGGAACGUACCCAUCGGAGCUGGUCGUCGUAGAGCCAAGCCGCCGCCUAAUUGCCGGACCCUUUCCGGCGAGCUAUCUGAGGAUUAUGGGCAGUAUUACGAUGCGGCUUCUGGGAUUAUUCAUCAGCUUGAAUUGGAUGCGGUGGAGGGGUGGCAUCUGACGGUGGCGGAACAGGAUUUUACCAAAGUUUUUCCUUUCAAACGCCGGAAGAUUAUCGGUCAACACGGUCAAACGUCUUAACUUCUUCUUUUUUUUCUUUUUUUUGAUGACUUUAUGUGGAAAUUAGAGAUAUAGAGUUUAAAUUAAUUACUGGAGAUAUGAUAAUGUAAAUAAAUAUUUAUCCGUGUGGUUAAUCAAAGAGCUGAUGAUCCGAUGAUUCA